AUGUCGUUUUCUGGUAAAAAGUUCAGAUCCCGGAGGGAGCAAUUAGCAUAUGAGGCUUCAUUGGCUGGUAGAUAUCAGAAGCGUCUAAAUAAGAACCCGUUUUUGUACUUUGGCUUGCCAUUUUGUUCUAUGAUCAUACUCGGAUCAUAUUGGUUAUCCGGGUUCACAGCGGUGAGGUAUCAGCAGAAGGAUAGGAAAAUUCAAGAGCUAAGUGAGGAGGAUUUAAUCAAAAUGAAGACGAACAAAAGAGAUUUUGAUAUUAAGGAGGAGUACUACCGGCUACAGGGUUUGGGCGAAGAUUGGGAGCCCAAGAGAGUUCCACGGUUUGAAGGUGAAUCAGAAAAUGUAUGGUAG